AUGGACAGACCACAAGUCUCAAUACCACCUGCCGCGACCAUCCUAGGCAACUUCAACUUCGCUCUCAAAUUCCAACCCCAGGCCUUCGCCGGCCUCACGCUCAUAUGCUGGGGCCAGACACUGUACUACCACAGCCACUGGAGGGCAUGGACAGCCACCCUCGCGACAAUCGCCCUCGCGGGCAGCUUCGCCGUGAUGGAAGUUGUGCUCAUCGUCACACUGCGGGUGCCGUACAGCAAGGGUGUCGAGUGGCCGAUGAUGCUGAUGGCGAUCCUCGCGACGGUGAUCCAGAUCGCCGGUUUGAUCCCUCCCUACUUUGAACUCGCCAAGCGGAACGGCAGGGUCGUUGGGAUUAAUUUUUGGUUCCUCACGAUCGAUUAUGCGGGUGCGGUGUUCUCGCUCCUGGCUGUUGUCGCGCAGGAAUGGUUCGACGCGCUCGGCUCCAGCUUAUACAUCGCAUGCAUGCUCCUCGAAACCGGCAUCUUCGCCUCGCACGCCAUCUGGCUCUGGCGCGUGCGCCACGUCCGCGCCGAAGCCAAGAAAGCCAACCUAACCUACGACGAAUACGUCGCGCAGCACCCGUCGAAGAAGCUGCCUCGGUCUGACUCGGCGGAGACGAUUGCGGAUGUUGAAGCGUGCCACGAUACAAAAGUUAGUAAUGAGAAGGAGGGCGCGAAUACGACGACGACGGAAAAUGUCUCCUCGCCACCUGCACCUGAGGAUGCAGCGCCCGAGGUUGUUGCGGACGGGCUGGAGAAACCUGCCCCAGCUGUCGUUCAUGAGGGGCGAGUUGUAAUAUCCUCCUCCUAG